AUGGUUACCAAGAAUCGGAAGUUAUUCAUGUGCCACCAGAUGGCGCUGGAGCAAGAAUCCAAGGCAAAGGAGAAGGCAAGCGCAUCUAAUCCAUCAUCCGGCAGCAGCUCACCGGCAGUACAGGUACCGACCGCUGGUGGCAGUUCGUAUGGCCACAUGCGCGACGCCAACGUUCCGAUCAUCUGGGUGCUGGGUGGACCGGGUUGUGGUAAGGGUACCCAGUGCGCAAAGAUCGUGUCGAAGUACAACUUUUCGCACUUCAGUACCGGUGAUCUGUUGCGCGAUGAGGUCGCUUCCGGUUCGGAGAAGGGCAAGGAGCUACAGGAAAUGAUGAAGCAGGGUAUUCUGGUGGCAAAUGAGACCGUUCUGAAGCUGCUGGAGGCGGCCAUGGUGAAGGCGUUGAAUGGUACCGUUGGAUACCUAAUUGAUGGCUAUCCUCGGGAACCUGCCCAAGGACCAGAGUUCGAGAAGUUCAUCGCUCCGGUAGACAUUAUCCUGUACUUCGAAUGUUCCAAUGAAACGCUGGUGGCACGUAUUAUGAAGCGUGCCGCCGAAUCGGCCACGGUUCGCGCGGAUGAUAACGAGGAUACUCUAAAGACUCGCAUUGCCACCUUCCGGGAGAACACGGAGAAAAUUCUGGUGCAGUAUCCAACACAGCUGAGGAGGAUCAAUGCUGAGCGUGCACCGGAGGAAAUCUUCGCCGAUGUGGAGAAGGCCAUCGACGAACUGCUGGCGGCGAAGGGCAAAAAGUAA